AUGUAUCAGCAUAAGUCUGGUUCAUUGAAGCGGAAGGAGAAGAGAGAAAGAGAACAGGAAGAAGAAAAACUUAGAAACAAAAAUGUGUUGUUAAAGUUUUUCAAGAAGCAGAAAUCACCAGAGGAAGCUUCCACUGCAGAGGCUGUUGAGCCACCUGAGAAAGAAGUUCUUGCUGAACCAGAAGAGGAGACUGCUUCCUGCAGCACAUCUUUUGUUACUGACACUGAAGGUCAUACUGACACAUACCCACAAGAAGAAGAUGAAACUCAGACUGAGUACAUUUCUGGCCUUGUGGAAAAUGAAGAAGAGCCUGAUUGGAAGGAUCCAGCAGUUUGGCCAGAUGUGUUGACGGACAAACACAGAGAAAGUAUUGUGAUUUGUGGUUUAGAUAAAGAACAACAACUACAGGAAAUGAUAAAAGGCAUGGACAAGGAUUGUGAAGAACGUUCAUUCAAACGACUUCUGGAUGUUACCUUAUUUCUGGCAUCAAGAAAUUUGGCAUUUCGUGGAAGCUCUCAAAGAAUUGGAGACUUGCACAACGGGAAUUUCCUUGGUGUACUGGAAUUGAUAGCACACCCAAUGCUAAAUGAACAUUUGGAAAAAGUAAAGAGAAGCCAAGAAAGUGGAAGAAAAGUUCAUGCUCAUUAUCUAUCUUGGGCAACCCAAAAUGAGUUUAUAAAUAUAUGUGGGAAACAUGUUCUGGACACCAUUCUGUCUGAAAGGAGGAAUGCAAUUUAUUUCUCUCUGAUAUGUGAUGCCACACCGGAUAUUUCACAUACAGAACAAAACGUCAUUGUUUUAAGGUAUGUGCAUAGAAAUUCAGAGACUGAAAAUUGGGUUAUUCAAGAAAGGUUUAUUGAGUUUUUUGAUUUUCACCAAAAGACUGGCGAAGAAAUAGCAGAAAAGCUGUUAUUGAGACUGGCUGAGCAUGGAAUAAAUCUUGAUGAUUGCAGAGGUCAAGGAUUUGACAAUGGUGCAAAUAUGUCUGGGAAAAACAAAGGCGUUAGAGCACACAUACAAAAGAAGUUUCCAAAAGCUGUAUUUUGUCCCUGUGCUUCCCAUUCUUUAAACCUUGCUGGUGUACAUGCCGCAUCCUGCUGCCCUGAUGUGAUUACGUUUUUUGGAUGUGUCAAUCGUUUAUAUUUACUGUUUAGUGGAAGUCCACAAAGGUGGAAAAUAUUGAAGGAUGAAAUUGGAAGUUCACUGCAUGCCUUGAGUGACACCAGAUGGAGUGCUAGAGUGGAAGCUGUUCGCCCAAUUGCUUUAAGACUUCCAGGCAUCAUUCAAGCCCUCGAAAAAGUAAUUUCAUCCCAAAGACUUUCAAUUCUGCAGAGUUUUGAAGAGAGAAACAAGAUUCUACAAGCCAGAUCUAUUUCAAUGGAUAUCGGAAGAGAAAAUAUUAAAUCCCUUUCGCUGGAAAUGCAGGCACUUCAUGAUAGGUGGACAGAUCUACUUUCUGAGGCCAAACUUGUGGCAGAAGAAAUGGGGAUACCGAAGAUACUGAAAGCACCAAGGCGGCUGAAUAGGUCAAGAAAGCAGCAGCCAGAUGUAUCAUGUAUUGAACCAGAAGAAGCUGAAAUGGAAUUCAAGAUCAACGUUUUCUUUGUGGCACUUGAUUCUAUAAUUAGUGAGUUGAACCAGCGGUUUCAAUCAAUGGAAAAGGUUUGCUGCCUGUUUACUCCCAUUUUGAAAUUAAAAACCCUUUCAGAUGCGGAAUUGGUAAGCUCCACAGAAAACCUGAUCUCUUACUACUCCGACGAUCUCUCAAGCUCUCUAGUAGGCGAACUUCAGCAUCUUCGCAAGGUAUAUGAUGCCACAUUCACAAGAGACUUAGCCCCUCUUGACUUGUUGAACGCUAUACAUAAAUUACAGCUUGAAGGAAUAUUUGGAGAAAUAUCUAUUGCUCUCAGAAUUUUCACCACAAUUCCACUCUCUGUUCCUGAAGGAGAGAGAGCAUUUAGCAAGCUAUCUUUAAUUAAAAACUAUCUGCGGUCAACAAUGAGUGAGCAACGUCUGAAUAGUCUUGCACUUCUCUCCAUUGAGCAUGAACUUGCACGUAAGCUGAGUUUUAAGGAUUUGAUUGAAGACUUUGCAAGCCUAAAACUGAGGAGAUGGUCAACUCACCAUAGUUAA